AUGCCUUUUGUUGUUCCAGCACUUGCCAGAUCCUUAGCAGACCUGGAGAGGAAACAUCAGCAAUUAUCAGACGAAUUCACAUUAACUAAACACGAGCUGAGGGAUAAGGAUGCCCAAUUGAACUCUUUAAGGACUGUUUCUGAAAAAGUUUACAAGGAAUACGAAACACUCAAGAAUCAAUAUGAUGUUGAGACCGGAGCAAUGCAUAAAGCUAUGCAACAUGCAGGAGAAUGGUAACAGAAUCGUCAGUUGAAAAGACAAAGUGCAGUCCUAGUCCAGAAAUAUCUCCAAAUCAAACCAAAUGGAUCCCUAGAUAUAGACAUAGAUGGUUCUACAGAUACAACAGAUGGUCAUGACGAUUUGGAAGCUUUGAGGAAAACAGUGACUGAUAUGAGUUUAGAAAUAGCAACUUUACAAACUGAACUAAAUAAUGCAAAACUUCAGGAGUUUGAAGCAACUGAACAGUGUGUUAAUUUAACACAGGAAUUAGAACAAGAAAAGAAAUUAAGAGCUCAAUGUAACAUCGAAUUGGAAAGUUUAAGGCAAUCCAGAGAUCAUUUUGCAAAAGUUUCAAAAUUAGUCGCAGAUGAAGUAAGCGUUUUGCGUAAAAAUGCCGAAAAAGAACGUGAGCAAGCUGAAACUAUGAUAGACGAAGCCAAAAAAGCAAUCAGGGAAAGAGAUGUUUUAGCAAGACAAAGUGCUUUGCUCAUACAAGAUUAUAAACAUGAUGGAGAAGAAGGCAGGAUACUUAAAUUAUUGCAGGAGGUUGGUGAGCUCAAAACAAUGCUCGAAAUGGAACGAAAUGACCAUCAAAGUCAAGUAGCAGAUUUGCUGGAAAAAUUGGAGGACAAAAGUAUAGACCCCCAAAUCGAAGUGUUAGAAGCCAAACUAAAAAUAACCGAACACGAACUAAACGUCGCCAUAGAACGUGCCGAACGUGCUGAAAGCGAAUUACAAAACACUCUUUCCGAAAACAACGGAAGUAUGCAGACGGAUAAUGAUGUUUUCGGAAAUGGCGAAGAGGGAGUUGUUAUGAGGAGGAAAAUGACAAACGGAAAUCAAAUAGUUAUGCCUCCUCCGCCUCCGCCGCCGCCGGUGCCGAAUUUGAAUCUUGGCGCCAAUAAAACGGAAAUCAAAAUCAAGACGCAGGCAAGCGCUGUUGCGGAAAUGGCUGCCAUGCUGGAUAUCAAACCAGUAAACGAUACUCCGGCAAAAACAAAAAAUGAUAAUGGAGGAAUUAUAGAUGCCAUCGUGGAUCAAAUAAAAGGCGGUAGAUUUAGACUGAAAUCAACCGAUGUGCAAAAUAAGACAAAAACCAAAAAAGAAGAACCUGCUGCCGUUAAAGAAAUGUUAAACAUUUUGGGAACAUUGAGGAGGACCAGGGGGAAGAGGUCAAGUAUGAAUACAGGAAUGCGCUAAUUAAUGAACAAAUAUUUUUAGAAUAUAUUAUAUCCCUAAUUCUACGGAACAGAAUAAAUCUGUAAUUAUCUGCUUAAUUAUAAAUUAUGUAUAGCCAUUUGUUGGUGAUAAAACAAUGCAACUAAUUUUCU